ACGCGUCGGUGUGUAAGUGAGCAAAAUGCAUCGAGUUUUCCUUUAUCUUAGCAAAAUGGCGAACGCGUCUUCGUCGGCGCUGCGCGCAAAGAAAAUACCCGAUAAUUUGUACGAGCUGUGCUUGACGAAUUUAGUGAACUACUUGCAGAAAUCAAAGUGUGGCAGGAAUGUGCUCGAUGGGCUACCAGAUACCGUCCGCAUGGAUGUCUAUUACAAGAUGCUGCAGGAGAAGAGACUGUGCAUCUUGGGCGCGGAACUCUCCAAGCUGGAUGUAUUCGAACGGCUGAUGCGGUUUGCAGGGUCACAGCUCAAACUCCUACAGUGCUUCCAGGCAGUGAUAGAGCACGGGUCGAGGCUGUCGGCGGAGCUGGCAGCGAGCUACCUCGCCAAGACUGAAUGCGGCUGCAACAGCCGCCUAGACCUUAUACACCUCGGUCUUAGACUUGGUGGCUUCCUGAACGAGGCGGGCUGGUACGCGGACGCUCAGCGCGUGCUGCUGCGGUGUCGCGAGCUCUGCCAGGAGAUGCCGCAGACCACCUACUAUAAGAGGCUCACACUAGAAUGUUGUCAUAGGUUACUAAACACACAAUCAGCGUACUGCUGUUUCCCCGCGGCGGCGGAAACAUACGCGCUCGCGCUACAACUGCUGGGCAUACCGGAUGACGUCACCGCGGACCUGCCGGACGGGCCGCUCGCGGUCGCAGACACCUGCGAUAAGGCGCUACAGACUGACGAAGAAGAAUAUAUUGACAGUGAUUGCCCGGGCUUCGGCGCGGACUCGUCGUGGGGCUGGUCGGCGCUGUGCACUCGGGUCUGCAAGGAGCUGAGCGCGCUGUUCUUCGUGCGCUGCGACUACUCCGCCGCCUACGUGUGGGCGCUGCGGGCGCUGCGCAUGCUGACCCCGCACACGCCGCACAAGAUAACGAUCGAGGUGCUCCGCGCGUGCGGCAAGGCGUGCGUGGUGAAGCGCCGCUUCGGCGCCGCCGGCCUGCUCGUGCGCCAGGCCGUCGCCCUCGCCCGCGCCGCCUUCGGCGUCAACCAUCCCCGCUACGCCGCCGCGCUGCUCGACCUGGGCUUCUAUCUGCUCAAUAUCGACUCUAUUGUACAUAGUGUGGCUGUUUAUGAGGAAGCACUCUGCACCUUACGCCGAGUGUUCGGUCGCAGCAGCCUGCACGUGGCGACGGCGCAGGAGGACCUCGCGUACGCGCUGUACGUGCUCGAGUACUCCUCCGGACGCUUCUACAAGGCGAGGGACCACGCCGAGAGGGCCAUUAGGAUUAUUGAGAACUUGGUUCCCCCGGACCACUUGCUGCUGGCGUCGGCGAAGCGCGUGAAGGCGCUCAUACUGGAGGAGAUCGCGCUCGACACCCCCGCCGGGCAGGACAUGACCGCGCCGACGCUGCUGGAGGAGUCGGAGGCGCUGCACAAGGCGGCGCUGGCGCUGUCGAUGAUGGCGUUCGGCGAGAAGAACGUGCAGACCGCCAAGCACUACGGCAACCUCGGCAGGCUCUACCAGAGCAUGCAGAAGUUCCAGGACGCAGAAACAAUGCACUUGAAAGCGAUAGCGAUAAAGGAGGAGCUACUCGGGCCCGAGGACUACGAGGUGGGGCUCAGCAUCGGCCACCUCGCCUCGCUCUACAACUACCACAUGAACAUGCACUGUGCCGCUGAGAAACUGUAUCUGCGCUCUAUUUCUAUCAGUCUGAAGCUGUUCGGCGAGCGCUACUCGGGGCUGGAGUACGACUACCGCGGGCUGGUGCACGUGUUCACGCAGCUCAAGCGACACGACCGCGCCAACCACUACAACCGCCUGCUGCAGCACUGGCAGGAACUCCGUGAGCAAUCAAAGGCGGAACAGCAGCCGGCGCUAGGCGACGAACAAAUCCUGCCUCUGAGCGAGCUACACGCCAAGUUCUUCGCGCCCAACGACUGAGCCUCACUCCCACUGACCCCCUGUGACCACGCGACGGGCCCGACCCGUGUCCUGCAUACACAUGCACUACCCCUUACCUUACCCUAACAAUAUUGACUACUUCUAGCACAAACGAGACCCCAUCGCUCGCUAGAACAGGUUUUGUGACGAACGGCUCGCUAUAAUACUCAUAUUAUCUCAGUGUUCUAGCUUUUAUACUCAACACUUAAUAUUACUCCAUAAUACACAACGCACAUCGUAAUCAUAAUGUUCUAAGGGCUCUAAAUCUGCUCAAUUUGUAAAUACGUAAUAUUAAUAAUCCCGCUUUGCAAAACCUGAGCUAGAUCUAGUUAGGACCGGGGCACAACAGUGUCUCUAACGCCAAAGGCUAUAAAGCUAAGUCAUAAAUUGUAAAAAUGCGGGCCAUAGGAAUGUGAUCGUGCCUAAUUAUUGUUGUAGCGUUAUAUCGAGCUAGUGUGUGCCGGCCUUAACUUUGAGCGCGAAUAAAUUGUCCUGUGAGAAUGACCUCGUGCGAAUAGGGACCGACUUCGGUAGCUUACUGCAAAUUGUUCCUCAAAAAGAUCAGUGGUUACACUAUCAACAUUAUUUGUUCUCAUUUAACCCUUGCAUACUGCGCUAGUUCAUCUUAUGAAUAACAUAGCAAUAAACGUUUAUCCUGAAUGUAAUGAAGAGGCUUCUAAAGUUAAGUGCAAACAAAUAUUUUUGAUAUUGUAACGUCAGUAUGUGAUGUUAUUGUGUACGUAUUUCGUGUAUAGUUAUUGUUGCUUUCGCGUAAAUUAGUUUUAGAGUUUCGAUGUAUGAAUGGGCAAGUUUUAGAAUUGAAAUUAUGUAUAUAUUGUUUGUUUGCCAUUGUUGCCAGUCGCGGGAGCGCUGUGACGCAAGAUAUACAAGUCACUAUUGAAAUUAUGAAUAGUAUUUCUGUUUGAAUGUUAGUGUUAUCACGUUUUUGACACUGCCGUACUAUCCUGGACAUUUGUAUGUAAAUUGUAUAAAUAUCAGAUGUUAUAGUAGAUGAGUAGGAAAGAGAAACAUAUCUAUUUUCGCUUUGCAGAUAAGACUUGUAUAAAGAAGUUGUAUUUGUUGACAGAAUGCAUCGUUUCUCGAGAGCGGGCGAUUUAUCAAAUUUUAUUUUCCUACAUUCACAGCUUGAUGUGUUUACAAGUAUUUUUAUGGAAGUUUAUAUACAUAUUGUAAUGUAAUGUUAGAUCAUUUAACGGAUGGCUGUAACGUGCGAAUGGCGUGCGAUUAAAUAAGUUUUACGAACA